AUGUGGCUAGAUUUAAAAGUUGCUGAAUACAAAGUCCAUGGCUACAUGAUCCUUGAUUAUGAAGGUCACUUGAAUCAGUUGUUCUCAACUGACCCAAAAAAGUCAACUGCAAAGAAUGGACCUUUUACAAAUGCUGCCACGGCACAUGUGAGAACAGCACCUUCAAGGAACAUAGCCAAACAGACAUCUGUAAUCAACAUUGAUGCUGACAGCCCUCCACCUCCACCCACUGCACCUGCUCAAAACACAAUUUCUCACCUUCGAAACACCAAUGCCCAAGUGAUUGAUGUCGACAUUGCUCAAUCGUUGCCUUCAAAUUCGCGAAAUAUUCAAGCUUUGUAUGCAAGGAAUUCCCAAACUGUUGAAAAUGAGCUUUCAGUACCCACCCUCAGCCCUCCCCUUAGUGGUUAUAGCCUGUCCAAAAACACAGCAAAUGCCCCUACCACUCCAUACACUACUCAUAAUGGGCAACACACGGUGAAUUCAAAUGGUUUAAGAACAUCACUGACACAUCCUCGCACUUUUAAUUCUAAUAAGUCCCAGUUGGUUAAUGGUGACAAUACCAUCAUCGUGGGGAGUUCACGUGGCAACAAUGGCAUCAGUUACUCUCAGCAUUGCUCCACUUCUCAACAAGCAAACAUUACUCGAAGUUAUGUUCCUGGGGAACAGGCUUAUCAAAAUCAAUCUUCCGUACAGCACAUCGACGUUGACCCUGAACCAGAGAAUGACUUGAACCUUGUUCAAGUUGAACCCCAGAUGGAACUGUUGAUGGAUGUGGAGUGUGAAAAUGAUUAUGUACCGGAAAACUGGAAUUCUUCCGCUGCACUCUCUUCUGGCAGUAUUAAGGAAAAACGGCUUUUGCAAGGUUCCAUAGACAUAAAGAAUGGUAAUUUCCACAAUACUGCUUCUAACAAUCCUAACAAUGUAGAAACAGUGAAUGAACCUGUUCCAGAGAUAAAACUGGAAGACGUUAAACACUGCACUGAUAAUGAAAGUUUUGCUUUAAACAUUGAAAACUCAAACAGUUGUAACAGGUUGUUAAAUACAGAAGAUUGUUUGAGAAUUGAUUCAGAUUCCGAUAUUGAAUGCGACAACAACCAAGAAUCACUGCAAGAGAGCCUCGCCGAACACGUCUGGUCUUCUGAGGAUUCAGCAAGGGAGCCAUCCAACUUACCUCAGUCUGCCUCGAAGCGCCGCUACAUGAACCACCGAAUUAAACCAAUUAUUUCUUUGCCUUCAUUCAAUGGAUAUUUACAGAAUAUGUUAGAGAGUGGCAAGGCACAGUUUGUGUGGUCAAAACUUGUUGAACAAUGCGCGUAUCACAUUCUGGCUCAAAAAGACAUUCGAGAAAAACAUGAUUAUCGCGAGUUUUGUCAUGCGUUGUAUCAAAGAUAUCCAAGUAUUGGAUUGGAAGGUCCUCAACCAUGGUCUCAUUUUUCAAAGACGUUAUCUCAGAAAAUUCGUCAUAUCCGUUGGCAGCACAAAAAACGGUCAACGUUGGGGGAAGGACACAAAAAUGCACCACCAGGAGUUAAUGCCACCACUGCCGUCACAACUACUACCACAAAUACCACCACCAGUACCAACGCUGCCACACCUUCAAACCUCUCUGCUGGUUCCUCAGGAAACAAUUCAUUAAUAGCAACCACAAAUGAAAUCAAGGAAGACAUCAGCUGUACAACGACACAAAUGGUCAAAAAAUGUGAGGACGUGUAA